AUGGCAGAGAGGCCUGAGGAUCUAAAUCUGCCCAAUGCCGUCAUCACCCGGAUCAUCAAGGAGGCGCUCCCGGACGGGGUCAAUAUCUCCAAGGAGGCCCGGAGUGCCAUCUCCCGCGCCGCCAGUGUCUUCGUGCUGUAUGCCACUUCCUGUGCCAACAACUUCGCAAUGAAAGGGAAACGCAAGACUCUCAAUGCCACUGAUGUCCUCUCAGCCAUGGAAGAAAUGGAGUUCCAGCGGUUCAUUACUCCACUGAAAGAGGCUCUGGAAGGUAAGGACACUCUUGUUAAGUCAAAAGACAGAAAAACCGAUUCAGAAGAACAAGACAAGAGCAGAGAUGAGGACAAUGAUGAAGAUGAGGAAAGGCUAGAAGAGGAAGAACAGAAUGACGAGGAGGAGGUGGACAACUAA